CCCCUCAGAGCCGGGGCAUGCAGGGGAGGGUAUAAAAGCACCGUGGCUCGUUCCAGUUAGGCUUUAGACCUACGGGAGCGCACAUACAAGACACACAAGUGUUGUUCCUCCCUAACCUGUUUGCCUUUUAAAGAAUCCUGCCAAAAUGUUGUCGCGGACACUUGUUGUUUCCUUGCUUUUUGCUGUAGCUGGUGUUGUUUUAUCUGCACCAGUGACAGAUGGACAAGACUCAGAUGACAGAGCAGCUCCAGUCAUAGCAUUCAUCAAUGGAGAAAACCGUGAUGAUCAGACCCCUACAAGUCCAGCCCAAGGAGUCUCAGAUGGGAAAGACUCAGCUGAGGACGUUACAGGUGCAGACUCAGCUGACACCACAAAUCAGCCAGAUGCAGAUGCAAGCGUGGAAGACACUACCACUAGUCCCGAUUCCCAAGAGUCAUCUGACACCGUGACAGAGAAGAAUGACUCUACUGAUGCACAAGAUGGAGAUGAUACGUCUGAAGAAAUGGCAGUGACAGACGACAAAGAGACUUCUGAGACUGACACAACCGAGGAGUCAGAUAACUCAGAAAUUGACAAAGACAACAGUGCCGUCGCCGAUAAGGAUGACAACAGUGAGGAGGCUGAUGCCAGCGAGCAGCAGGAUUCACCAGACAACGUCGACACCGAAAGCGACGAAGCUUCUCCAGAUAAGGCAGACAGCGAGGACAACACUGACGAAAACACGAUGGAGAGUGACGAGCAGACAGUCAAUGACAAGGUUGAUGGUGAAAGUGAAGCGGCCUCAGAGGACAAAGAGAGCGACGAGGCCAGUGACACUAACAAGGCCAAAGACACUGACGAGGCAAAAGACACGGACAAGGAAACACCGGACUCAUCAGACGAGGAAGCGAAAGUGGUCGGCAAUCCAGACUUUGACAGUGCCGAGGCCAAUUUGGGCAAAGGGGUGGUUGAUGUCAAAGAAAACAGCACAGAAAUAGACAGCACAUCCAAUUCAGAGGAAGAGGACGUAGUAGAGGAGAAAGAGGACAGUGCAAACUCAGAGGACGACGAAGAAGCCUCCCCCGACAAAGACUCAGCUGACAAAGAGUCGGACGAUGAGAUGGACACCAGCAGUGAGGAAGACUCUGAGGACAAAGACAAAAAGGCCAAAGACAAAGACGCCGAAGACUGGAGCCCAGAAGAGGAGUUAGAAGCUGAGGACAAAGACAAAAAGGCCAAAGACAAAGACGCCGAAGACAAGAGCUCAGAAGAGGAGUCAGACGCUGAGGACAAAGACAAAAAGGCCAAAGACAAAGACGCCGAAGACAAGAGCUCAGAAGAGGAGUCAGACGCUGAGGACAAAGACAAAAAGGCCAAAGACAAAGACGCCGAAGACAAGAGCUCAGAAGAGGAGUCAGACGCUGAGGACAAAGACAAAAAGGCCAAAGACAAAGACGCCGAAGACAAGAGCUCAGAAGAGGAUUCAGACGCUGAGGAGGCAGGAGAGUCCAAAGAGGCGGGAGAAAGCAAGCAGGAGGUGGAGGCUGGAGACGACAGUGACGAGGAUGACAAGAGCAAAGCUAAGAACGAGGAGGAGGAAGGGGACGCCGCCGGCAGCCAGGAGGCAGGGGCCUCCACCAAAGAAGAAGGAGAUUCCAUCAGCGAGGAAGACGACAUGAAGAGCAUGAUGACGCUGGAAGAGGGCAUGCCCGCGAGCAGCCAGGACCCCUUCGAGGAGGAGAUGCACGACAGCGCCAGCCAAGACUCAGAGUACGCCACCAAGGAGGAGAGUGAGGAGGAGAAGAGCGCUGAGUCAUCGGACGACAAAGAGAGCAAGAACGCCAGCAAGAAAGACAAAGACAGCAUGGAGGACAAUUCAGAAGAGGAUGCAGACAAAGUUGACAAGGAGGAUACAUCAGAGUCCAUCUCAAAAGAGGAAAGCAUGGAGAAGAGCACUGAGGCAGAUUCCACAAAUGAAGACGAUGAUACUGACACCACAUCUGAGGAGAUAAUGUCCUCUGAGGCAGAUGACAAGACUGCUGCAGUCACUGCUGAAGCACCGGAUCAACCAGACAAGCCAGAUGAUACAACACAAGGUGUCCCUGCUGUCCCUGCUAACACCAGUCAGAGUUCCUAGCAUUCUGGCUUGUACCAGUAGGUUAUGGUGGAGUCUAUACAACAGCAGAAUCAUCAUGAAAAGACACAAAGGAAAUCUACUGAUGCAGUCACAAUAACAAAAAAAAGCAUUUUCGGGGCUGGACAAACUAUUUCUUAUUUCCUCUACCUUCUCACUUCCCCCACUUCCUCCCAAAACAAGUAAAGUUUUCUUUAUAGGGUGAGGAGCUAUGAAUUAAAUUAUUCAACGUUUUGUUCACAGAAUUCACAACUUGAAUAUUUUCAUUUUUUAACAAACACCUAUGCAAAGUGAUGACUAUUGGGACGGUGGUUUUAGGAGCCCCCAUGUCCUAUGUUUAUGCGGCUCAUAGCCUUAAAAUCCUUGACAUUGUGAAACACACAACUGCUACUUUUACUGAAAAGAACAUUGGUUUGAUAUCUGUGCAAUUCUGCUUGAUUUUCUCUGUCUAAAAAAAUACAGUGCUCAAAUGUCGUAGGGCUGUGAUGCAUCUGCAUGUUUUGGGACUUUCUCUGCAUUCUAGUUAUGCUUUUCCACAUUGAUACAACUCUUUCUUCAGAUAACUGCUGCUAAGUCAAAACAAAAUUUUCCUGACUCUCAGAUAAACGUUUUGCUUGUGUUAAAACAACAGACAAAUAUCUCGCUGUAACAAAACAAUUUCCACAAAAAAAGGAGUGUACAGACAUUUUAUGAGGCAAUUUCGUUAUGCACGUCUCUACCUUUUGAGGAUUUAUGACUAAUAUUGUAGUGUUUGUGUAAGAGCAAUGUCGAUGAAUUAUUGUAAUGACAAGAGAUGUAUAGAUAUAUCAGUAAUGUCAUUUUAAUAUGUACACAGGGAGCAAAUCGAAUAAAGCCUGAGUGGUCAGAAAAAAAAA